AUGGGUGCAAAAGAAAAGCUGGAAGCCAUGUUGAACGUGGCCCUACGAGUCCCUAGCAUCAUGCUACUAGAUGUCUUAUAUCGAUGGGAUGUCAGCUCCUUCUUCCAGCAGAUCCAAAGAAGUAACCUGAACAGCCAUCCUCUCUUCCAGUACAAGUACCUGGCACUCAACAUGCAUUAUGUCGGUUACAUCCUAAGUGUUGUUCUUUUGACAUUACCUCGCCAGCAUCUCGCUCAGCUGUACCUCUACUUUGUGACUGCUUUGCUGCUGUAUACGGGACAUCAGAUUUCCAGGGAUUAUGUUCGCAGCGAAAUUGAGUCUGGAUAUGAAGGACCUAUGCAUCUAGAGCCAUUAUCUAUGAACCGGUUUCUCAUUGCACUAGUAGGCCAGUUGGUCGUCUGUACUCUCUGUUCCUGUGUGAUGAAGACCAAACAGAUCUGGCUUUUCUCGGCGCACAUGCUCCCCCUGCUGGCUCGUCUCUGCCUUGUUCCUAUUGAGACUAUCGUCGUCAUUAACAAGUUUGCCAUGAUUUUCACUGGACUCGAAGUGCUGUACUUUUUGGCAUCCAACCUGCUGGUGCCCUUUAACCUUGCUAAGUCAGCAUACAGGGAGCUGGUUCAGGUGGUAGAAGUGUACGGUCUUCUGGCUCUGGGCAUGUCACUGUGGAAUCAGCUUGUGGUCCCAGUUCUAUUUAUGGUUUUCUGGUUGGUCCUCUUUGCUCUUCAGAUCUACACAUACUUCAGCACACGGGACCAGCCUACCUCUCGCGAGAGACUCCUCUUCCUCUUUCUUACAAGCAUUGCAGAGUGCUGUAGCACUCCCUACUCUCUCCUGGGCUUGGUCUUCACUGUGUCCUUUGUGGCUCUUGGUGUACUGACCCUCUGCAAGUUCUAUCUGCAGGGAUACCGCGCUUUCAUGAAUGAUCCCGCUAUGAACAGGGGAAUGACAGAAGGGGUGACAUUGCUGAUCCUUGCUGUGCAGACGGGGCUGAUUGAGUUACAAGUGGUUCAUCGCGCUUUUCUGCUCAGCAUCAUUCUGUUCAUUGUGGUGGCUUCAAUAUUGCAGUCAAUGCUGGAGAUAGCUGACCCCAUUGUCCUUGCUCUGGGUGCUUCACGAGACAAGAGUCUUUGGAAGCAUUUUCGGGCUGUCAGCCUAUGUUUGUUCCUCCUGGUUUUCCCUUCUUAUAUGGCCUAUAUGAUCUGUCAGUUCUUCCACAUGGAUUUCUGGCUUCUGAUCAUCAUAUCCAGCAGUAUACUCACUUCUCUCCAGGUCCUUGGCACUCUCUUCAUCUAUGUCUUAUUCAUGAUUGAGGAGUUCCGCAAAGAGCCCGUAGAAAACAUGGAUGACGUAAUUUACUAUGUUAAUGGAACAUACCGCCUGCUGGAGUUCCUGGUGGCACUGUGUGUAGUGGCAUAUGGAGUCUCUGAGACCGGUGUUUGGCGAGUGGACAGUGAUGGGUUCCAUGAUUAUCUUCAUACACUCGUACUACAAUGUUUGGCUGCGGGCACAGCUGGGCUGGAAGAGCUUCCUCCUUCGCAGGGACGCUGUGAAUAAGAUUAAAUCCUUACCCAUUGCCACAAAGGAACAACUGGAGCAACACAACGACAUCUGUUCCAUAUGUUACCAGGACAUGAAUUCGGCAGUCAUUACUCCUUGCAGCCAUUUUUUCCAUGCUGGAUGCCUUAAAAAAUGGCUGUAUGUACAAGAAUCCUGUCCAUUAUGUCAUUGCCAGUUAAAGUCCUUGUCUCAGCAGGCCAUAGGUGAUCCUGGCACGUCUACCAUUCCUCCUUCUCAUGCCAACAACGUUAACCCACAACCAGAUGGACUGCCUGGGGCAAGAGAAGUGGCAUCUCCCCCAAAUAAUGAACCAAAGCAUGACACAGAGGAACCAGAGCCUGCAAAAGACAUACAGCCAGUGGACUCUCCAGGGACCAAAUCAGAACACACAGGGGAUCCUCUGUGCACAAAUUCUGAAGAACUAGAUAGCAGCGAGUUCCUUGAGGAAGUGGCAAGCCAAAUGCAGGUUGGGGACUUACAAGAGGAGCAAUGCCCCUUUAAAGGAAUCUGA